UUCAUUUAGGCUUUACAUUUUAUAAUACUAGGGCUUUUAACUGUACUUUCAUUAUUUUCUAGUAUUAAAACUACUUUAAGCUGUCCUAUUGAUGAGCUUCUGUUCUUGUAAAUACAAUUUCGUCGUGAUGGGUAACUAAAAUUUAAUUUAAAGAAAAAAUUUCAACUAUGAAAAUUACAAAUUGGAUUCAUACUGUGAUAUUUGUGAAGCUUAUGUUAACGAAAAUACAAAGCAUUGUAAACAUUGCAAUAGGUUGCUAAAGUUUAUUAUUUUAGAUGUUGCAAAGAUUUCGAUCAUCAUUGUAAAUGGGUUAAUAAUUGCAUAGGAAAGGUUAAUUAUAAAAUUUUUAUGGUGAUGGUAACAUCCACAAUGUUACAAUUCUUUUACACAUUAAUUAUUUAUAUAAGAAUUAUAGUGUUGUAUAAUACAGAGCAAUAAAAAUUGCUAAUUGACAAUGAAAUACAAAAGUUUGUAACAAAUAACAUUUUAGUUUAAGCAUUUUUAUGAUGAAAAUGAUCUAGAUAUUAAAUAUACCCUCUCAAUAGUUAUGCUAAUAGAUUCCUUUAUAUUUUCUAUAUUACUUUUAUAAUUAUUCAUUUUCCAUAUUUAUCUUAGAAUCAAAGGCAUAACCACUUAUGAAUUUAUUGUGAAAUCAGAUAUGAAAAAGAUAAAUCCAUAAAAUAUUGUUGAAGGAAUACCAAAUGAAGUUUGUUAAGCAAAUAUAAUUUUUCCAAUUGAUAAUAAGAAUACAAUGUACUAGUUAAAGGGUUAAAUUUUAGAAACGAGUUAAACAGUAGCGAAUAGUAAAUUGCAUAAGUAUCUAAAGAAAAAUAAAAUAAUUAAACAGAAAUUGUAUAAAAUAAUUAAGUCUUAGCAUGA